CCCUGGAUUGGAAGAGUUAAAGGUCUAAUUAGCCUAGCCAGAAGACCACGUGACCCCGCCGUCCAAUGGCGCCGCGCAAGCAGUUGCCAAGAUGGCGGUGACGCGGUACCGGCGGUUCCUGAAGCUCUGCGAGGAGUGGCCCGUGGAGGAGACCAAGCGCGGGCGGGACUUGGGCACCUUCCUGCGGCAGCGGGUGGCACAGGCCUUCCGAGAGGGGGAGAACACGCAGAUUCCUGAUCCAGUGACCUGUGAUGAAAUGUUCGAGAGUUUAGUCAGAAUCCACACCAAUUAUUAUAAAACCAAGUAUCCACGACUGAAAGAUUCAAGCUUCACUGGUGUGACAGUGGAAGAAUGCAAGAUGGUCCUUGCAACAGAUAGCUUGAAGCAAAUGGAAGAAGCAAAGAAAGGAAAAUGGACAAAGAUACGUGAAAAAUUCUCUGCCAAGCCUCCUGAAGAAGAUUCCAAAUGAUAAUAUCCUACUGUCCAGAGUUCUUAAACUAUAUUUUGACAGGAUAAAUAAGCUUUCUUGAAACAGAUAUUGUUGUUACAUCAUCAAGAUUUAAAUCCAAAGAUCUAGUCAAUUUUCAUCUCAUCUACGAACUGUUAUCAUGGGGACAAUGUUUGGAUACUGAUUGUAGACUUGGUGAGAACUUACUGUGCAAAGGGAUAAGCCAGGCCUAUUUUAUAACAUUUGUUUAUGGAUGAACAAGUUUAUCUUUAAAUAUAUUUGCAGUAUGUGGUGA